AGCAAACUGUCAACGACAACGUCAUCGUUUUUCACUGACCAGAAAUCGGAUGAUAAAAAUUUUGAACAGGAAUUUAACUAAAUUAACAAAAUCUUGUAAAUUAACCAAGUAAUUAAAUAUGAGUGAAAAAUCCACCAACCCGUAUGACAUGGACAGUCCCUGCUUUGAUCCGGAUCGCUAUCUUCAAAAGCUGCUGAAGGAAUGCUCUCUGAAACAGAUCAUGGACACGGAAUCGACGAUCGUCCGCCAGACGCAGACGCUGCACAGCGACAUGCAAACGCUGGUGUACGAAAAUUACAACAAAUUCAUCUCGGCGACGGACACGAUCCGCAAGAUGAAGACGGACUUCCGGGCGAUGGAAGGGGAGAUGAACCUGCUGAUGUCGAACAUGGCGGAAAUUACGGAGUUUAGCGAGAAGAUUACGGACACGCUGCAGGGCACGCGGAAUCAGCUGACGCGUCUUUCCGGGAAGCACCAGCUGUUGAAGAAGUUGCAGUUUCUGUCGUCGCUUCCGGCCAAGUUGAAAACGUUGAUAGAGGAGGGCAACUACCAGCAGGCCGUUCAGGAGUACGCGCACGCCCAGAAGGUGCUGCAGCAGUACGGGAAGCAACCGUCUUUUCAGGGGAUUCAGGAGGACUGUGUUCAGAUUUUGGAGGGGCUGAAGAAGCUGUUGAAGGAGGAGUUUGUAAAAACGGGGAAAACGGCUCAGUCUUUGACUGAGAUUGGGGAGUUGCUGUUACAGCUGGAUGAGAAGCCUUCGGCGUUGGCUAAGGAGAUGCUUGAGUGUGCUACGAAGAGGUUGCACGAGCAGUUGGUUAUGCUGCAGGAUCAGACCGAUCGCGAUAUGAUUGAGUUUAUUGAUUUGGGAAUUGAAGGAUUUUUGAAUGAUCUUACGUUGGUCAUUAGCUCAUACAAUGACAUGUUUCUGACGAAGCACAUUGAGCAGGAAGCGGAUGACUUUGAGCAGGUUGCCAGGGUAGAUUUGAACAACUUUGUCAAUACGAACAUCGACGAAUAUUUGGCGCUGGUUCAGGAUCGUGCCGAGGUUGAAAUUGGUCAUGGAGAUUCACAAAUCAUUUUGCGGGGACUCGAUCGAUUGCAUCGACGACUGACGGCCAUGCGAUCGCUGUGUCGAGCGCUAGACAUGUGCAAAUCCGGAAUUGACAUCAUCAUCAAUGCUGCUUACCAGUUGUGCAAAGCGCACAUGAAAUCGCUGAAAGAUCACUUUUCAGAUAAUCUCAGCUCGAUUCGACUUGCGUUGGUUUCUGCAAAGUCCGACUCUUCUCAAACUGCUCCUCAAACAAGUCUGAAGGAGCUCAUUUCCAACCUGUACGUGUCGACGAUGGAGAAGGUAAAAGGACUGCUGCAAGAUCUGCUCAUUUUUCUGCAACCAGAUUGGUCCUUCAAUUUGAAAGCCGACACGAAAGGAGCGGCUUGUAUCGAGGGAAUUCGGGAAAGUUUACUGGUUGGAUUUUUGCGCCACAUUUGCAGUACCAUGAACGGAUUCGGGAACAUCAAUUCGUCCAGUCCGCCGACACUUUUGCUGAUUCUGUCGAAAAUGUGUCUCGAAAUGGACAAGAGUGGUGUGCACCAGCUGAUCUCCCUGGUGGACGAGCUGUACGACAUCGACUCGGAAAACAGCACCACGCUGGUCCACGAGACUGAACUGUGCGCCGAGAUGCGCGACUCGGCCCAACACCUCCUCGAUUCCUACGUCCGACUGCAGGGCCUCAACCUAUCCCAAAUGCUGCGCAAAAGCGUCGAAACCCGGGACUGGCUCAACUGUCUCGAACCACGGUCCGUCCGCGCCGUCAUGAAGCGCGUCGUCGAGGAGCUGGCCACGAUCGAUAACGUGCUGGGGCAGCUGUACGACACGAACGACAUGCGGACGGCCGCCAGCAGCGAUUCCAGCCGCAAGACGCACUUUAGCUUGACCGCCUCGAAGCAGUCCCAGUACCGGUCCACGUGGUCCACGUACACGCCCUCGCAGAUGGACAACAGCUUCGUGUCGAACAUUCAUCGGCUGUUUUCGGAGAAGAUUGAGAUCUUUAGCUCGGUGGAGUUUUCCAAGGUUUCGAUCAUCACCGGGAUCAUUAAGAUUUGUUUGAAGACGCUGCUGGAGUGUGUUCGGCUGAGGACGUUCAGCAAGUACGGGCUGCAGCAGAUUCAGGUCGACGCGCACUAUCUGCAGAUGAAUUUGUGGCGGUUUGUGUCGGAUGAAAACUUGAUUCACGUGCUGUUGGAUGAAAUUCUUGGUUCGGCCGUGCUUCGAUGUUUGGAGCCGAUUCUGAUGGAGCCAAAUGCGGUUGAGAUAAUCUGUGAGCGGAACUAAAUCACUCAAAGUGAGUAUUCCAUUAUGUUUAUUUAUCAGUACUUAUUAUGCAAUAGAGGGAGACUAAACAGAAUAUAAAUAAUUUAUUAUUAAUCAAAAUGAA